AUGCAGCGUGUCUCGGCCCUGUUCCCUUCAUGGGACCGGGCAAAGCAAACACAACCCGUCAGCCCCAGGUCACCCAGUGCCCUGAAUAAAGUUUUCGGAUGGGGAGGGAAGGCAGUUGUGCCCGUCAAGACGACCCAGCAACCCACGAGCUACGAUCGCGAAACAUACUGGCCAACAACCCUCGACAAGGAAUGUGACAAGGCCGCCAGGAUAUUAAAGUCCUUUUGCAUGGAUGGAUUUCUCGUAGAAGAACCACAAGAGCAAGACCCAAAUACCGAUACCCCAUCAACACAAAAAUCCGUCACGAAAAAGAUCCCACCAAGGAUAUUACAAGAUGCCGUCGGACUCGCGGUCUUCUCGUGCAUGCGUUCGGGACUAUGGAUGUCGGGAUCAGGCGGAGCCGGGUUGAUCACAGCGAGGAGAGCGGACGGCACAUGGUCACCACCGUCUGGUAUAAUGCUCCAUACGGCCGGGUUAGGCUUCGUCAUGGGAGUCGAUAUCUACGAUUGCGUUCUCGUCAUCAACAGCGUACGAGCUCUCGAACUCUUCACCCGUCCAAAGGUGGUUCUCGGAAUCGAUGUCGACCUUACCCUCGGCCCACUCAUCGAUGCAGACUCGACCGACAACGACACACGAUGGAAGGACCUCAACGAUACCGUUCUUACAUACAUCAAGGCCCGCGGCAAGCACCAACCAGUGCCCCUUGACGGAUCCCUAGUCUCCGAACGCGGCAACGAGAACGUUCGAUUUUACAACAGCGAUGUCUCGGUUCUCGACAUCCUAGCCGGCAACAUUGGCAAGGAGAUUCCCGAGAUGCGCCCCCUCUUCGAGGUCAUGAAGGCUGCUGAGGGACGGACGGAUUAUGACGCAGAUGUUAUGGAGAUGCUCGCUCAGCAACCCGCCCCUAGUGAUGCCGUGAUUGAUACCCCCCAGACAUCGGUCCGACAUUCGAUCAUCAAGAACCCCUUCGGUAUCCCCGAUGUCGACGACCCUGAUCCGUUUGGUGUUAUUGGCCUCGAAAUGGCUGGCAUUGAGAUCAGAGAAGCCGGCACUCGUUUCCGACCCACCAGCACCCAAUUCGAGUUCCACCCCAGUCCCAAGAGCCCGGCAUUCGCCAGGUAUAGCCGACAGAGCGGUGACAUGUUCCCGUCAAGGAGUAACCGCGAAAGCUGUGUGUCAACCAGGUCAACAAUGUCCCAAGCUACCAUCAUGACGGACGCGUGUACCCAAACAGAUGUCACUAGCACUCCUGAGACAAGUUUCAGCCGCGCCAAUAGUAUGGACGGCCGAGACUCAAAGUUGUCGGAUAAGCUCCCCACUGUCGUGGAACCAGAGCUUGAACCAGAAGAGAUUGACUAUACGCAGAUCGAUAUGAGCAUGAUUCAACGAUUCAGGCCGCUACCUGAAGAGGAUGAGGAGAACGACAAGUUACAACCUGAACCCGUGGCCCACCUUGGUGACAAGACCGACGCGGAAACCACUGGCACCAAAUCCACCAAGGACGACGCGAGCGAAUAUCCCGAAAGCGAGAAGAACGAAAGCGAGAGCGAAAGAGACGAAGACGCUGACGACGAAGAAGACGAGAGCGACGAGGAUUUCGACGACGAAGCCAUCAUUUGCGAGGUUGCCACUGCUCAACCCGCCCGAAGCUCCAUUCGCUCAUCACAAAUCACCCAAGUUAUCCACGCCAAGGCAGGGAUUGUUACCAUUCCGAAGCGAAUCCCUCCUCCGCUGCCUGCCAAGUCCCCAGCACGUGCUUCUAGGGGAAGCGGCAGCAUCAGCGAGAUCUCCUCUCUCAAGUCGCCCCUCCGUAACUCUUCCUUCUCGAUGGAUUCUCGCAUGAGCGAUACCUUGGCUUCUGCUGAAGCGAGUGAGGCGUUCGUUACUCCUCCCGCGGUUAUGGAGGAGGUUGAACCCGCUUCUCCUGAACCUGUUAGGCGCUCUGUUCAGGGACACCAGAAGAACUCGUCAUCGGUGAACACGGCUGUGGAUCUUUCUGCCAAGCGGAGGGCAAGCUUGGAGACCUCUCCUGAGGUGCCCGCUACUCCGAGGACAGUCGAUCUGACUUCCUCUGCGGAGGAGUCAGAGAGAGAGCCCAAGACACCCAAGACGGAUGCUGGGUUUGUCAACACCACGACGCUCGAUAAUGAGAAGGCUGGUAUUAAGGAGGUGAACAUUGUCUCGGCCCACAGCGCUGAGGCCGACACUGUCGCGAUUGUAUGA